AUGCAUACUCCCUCACGCACUUUAGGCAAAGAUGGCCCGCAAGUCUCUGCCGUCGGGUUCGGAUUCGGAAGCAUCAGCGGGUUCUACGGACCUGCUGGUACCCUCGACGAGAGAGUAGCUCUUUUAGGGCAUGCACAUGCUACAGGUCUACGCUUCUGGGACCUAGCUGACAUCUAUAGCGACUGUGAGGAUGUCGCCGGCGAAUGGUUCAAGCGAUCUGGUAAACGCGAUGACAUUUUCCUGGCUACCAAGUUUGCGCUCCAGCUCCAGCCCGGAGGAGGACCUACUUUUCGGUCGGAUCCCGAAUACGUUAAGACUGCAUGUGCAAAGAGCCUCCAGAGACUCAGGGUGGACACUAUUGAUCUCUACUACUGCCAUCGGGUAGAUGGGGUAACACCCAUUGAAAAGACCAUGGAGGCCAUGGUAGAACUGAAGAAAGAGGGCAAAAUCCGUCAUCUCGGCCUAUCAGAGGUAUCAGCAGCAACACUACGUCGAGCACAUGCCAUUCACCCAAUCUCCGCCCUUCAAAUGGAAUACAGUCUCUUCACCCUGGACAUCGAAUCUUCAGAGAUAUUGAAAACCUGUCGCGAGCUAGGUGUGACCAUCGUAGCCUACAGCCCUAUUGGACGUGGUAUUCUAGCCGGCCAAUUCCGAUCUUACACAGACAUCCCUGAGGGAGACUUGCGCCGCGUGUACCCAAAGUACUCGGAGAAGAACUUCCCGAGCAUUUUGAAGCUAUUACAGGCAUUGGAAAAUGUUGCCAGAGCUCAUCGAAGCACACCGGCGCAGGUUGCUCUUGCGUGGCUUCUCGCGCAAGGUCCAGAUAUCAUCCCCAUCCCAGGUACGAAGUCGCCUGCCAGAAUGGAUGAAAAUGCGGCCUCGGCAGUCCUUCGUUUUAGUGAUCGGGAGGUGCAAGAGAUCCGGACUUUGGUGGACAACAUCCAUAUCGAAGGUGCCCGGUACCCUACUGCGGCGAUGGCGACUCUCCAAACCGAUACCCCGGAACUACAGGAGGUUUAG